UAAGUGCUAGCUAAGUGGCUACUCUCCGCACCCCUGCCUGCCUGCUGUUGUUGUUCCCUCCGGGGACACCGGCUAGAAAUACCAGCAAACUUAUUCAGAAAAACCGUUGACAUCCUCCAAAAGCAUCUGUGUGUCCGUGUUGGGCCGUAGCCAUGGCUCUGCAAGGCCCGGAGGAGCUAGGGGAGCAGGUCGAAGAGCCAGAGGAUCUGGACGACCAGGACGCUAGUAGCAUCUCCCCGGCCGAAGAGAUAACGCUGCCCCCCGGGCCCGGUGGCGACGAGGAGCCGGAGGAGACUGUCCUUCUGCCGUGGGACCGCUUCUCCGCCUGGCUACACUGCAUCUGCGUGGUCGGCUUCGAUCUGGAGCUGGGACAGGCGGUGGAGGUCAUUUAUCCUCAUCAUUCCAAACUGUCAGAGAAAGAGAAAACAAGCAUCUGCUACCUUUCCUUUCCUGACUCUAACUCAGGUUGCCUUGGCGACACACAGUUCUGCUUCCGCUUCCGUCAGGGUUCCAACAAAAAGUCGUCACUCGGCAGCUUCCUGGAAACUACCGACCGAGACGCACCGCCCUGCCUGAAGAGGGAACAGGGUCAUUACUACGGUUACGUGUACUUCCGUCAAGUGCGAGACAAAUCUCUGAAGAGAGGAUACUUUCAGAAGUCUCUGGUCCUGAUCAGUAAGCUGCCCUAUGUGACCUUCUUCCACUCACUGUUGAAGAUCAUGGCUCCAGAAUACUUUGAGAAACAGGAGCCCUGCCUGGAGGCCGCUUGUAAUGACAUCGACCGCUGGCCGACGCCUCACCCUGGACGAAUCCUCACGCUGCCUAUCAUGGGUGUGGUCAUCAAGGUUCGCAUCCCGACCUGUUACGACAAACCAGGAACGUCACAGCUGGUGCAGUCCGCCCAGAGUGACAGUCUGGUGUCCAUCGUCCUCCCCACCAUCCAUGAAGUCGACCUCUUCAGGUGUUUCUACCCGGUCUUCUUCCACAUCCAGAUGCUGUGGGAGUUGGUGUUGCUAGGGGAGGCGCUCGUUGUCAUGGCGCCAUCGCCAGCAGAGUCGUCGGACACCGUGCUGGCACUGGUCAGCUGUAUUUCUCCUCUGCGUUACUGCAGUGACUUCCGGCCGUACUUCACCAUCCACGACAGCGAGUUUAAGGAGUACACCACCAGGACACAGGCGCCGCCGUCCGUCAUUCUGGGAGUGACUAAUCCCUUCUUUGCGAAAACGCUGCAGCACUGGCCGCACAUCAUCCGCAUCGGAGACAUGAAGCAAGCAGGAGAGAUGGCCAAGCAAAUGAAAGUCAAGAAACUGAAGAACCUCAAAACUCUGGACUCUAAACCUGGUGUGUACACUGCAUACAAGCCGUAUUUGAACAAAGAUGAAGAAAUCAUCAAACAGCUUCAGAAGGGUGUUCAACAGAAGAGACCCUCCGCGGCACAGAAUGCAAUUCUCCGACGCUACUUCUUAGAACUGACACAGAGCUUCAUCAUUCCACUGGAGCGGUACGUGGCCAGUCUGAUGCCUCUGCAGAAGUCCAUCAGUCCCUGGAAGAGUCCUCCUCAGCUACGACCGUUCAUCCAGCAAGACUUCAUGAAGACGCUGGAGAAAGCUGGACCUCAGCUCACAUCCAGACUGAAAGGAGACUGGAUUGGACUCUACAGGCAUUUCCUCAAGUCUCCCAACUUUGACGGCUGGUUCCGCAACAGGAGGAGAGAGAUGACACAGAAACUAGAGGCCCUGCACCUGGAGGCGCUGUGUGAGGAGGAUCUGCAGCAGAGAAUCCAGAAGCACACAGAGGUGGAGACGGUUGAUCUGGUUCUGAAGCUGAAGGAUAAACUGAGCCAGGCUGAGCGGGAGCAGCUGCCGGUGCGUCCUGGGACCCUCAGCAAACUGAGAGCCCACAUCGAGGCUGUCAUCCUGACCUUACCCGAGGACCUGCAGGGCAUCCUUCACAAGCCCUCCACACCCUGACCCGCGGCCCCUCGCUCUACAGCGCUAACGCCAGGAGGAGCUGAAGUCGGCCAGAGAAAGGUUCCCUGUUUGACUCGGACUGGGCGGGACAUUGAAAGCACACAGAAAUCUACAUCCAGCUUCAGUCAUAUCUGAUUCUUCCUGCACUGUGGCGGCUCAGUGGGAGUUCUGAAACCACUAGCCGGACCAGAUCAGAGCUGCCUGACAUAAACUCUUCUGAAACGGCAUUUAAAAAUUGCGAGGAUGUUUUUCACCACAGAGACGUUUGUGGAGCCCACGGUGACCUGAGUGCUAACAAAAAAAAAAAAAAGAAAAGGUAAAAAAAAAACAAAACAAAAGACACUAAGAUGGCUGCUGAUCUUUGGCCCUCAGUAUUUUUACCUCUUAACCUUUUAGAUUUUUUAACUUGUCGGUGGGCCGCUGCAGGACGACGAGACACAGUUUGGAGUUUUUCAUCCAUUUUUACAAACUGUUUUUAAAGGAAGUGCACUUCAUCAAUAACUGGACCGGUGUGCCCAACACACACACACACACACACACACACACACACACACACUCUCACACACACUCUAUUAUGCAAACAAACUGAACAGAGCAGAGCCAAGCAGUGCUUUAUAAUGAGAUUUUACUAAAACGUCCAUUCGUACACACACAGAGCAUUAUGCACCAGCGACCCUGUAAUAACUGUUCUCUGCUGUGGGACAGUUUGCUCAGGAGCCAAUCACAUCUCUGCAUUCAUGUCACAUGACCGCUAUGUAGCCUGUCACAACAGCCUGGAAAAACCUGCAAAAUUCUGUUUAAAUGUUCAGGAAUCUAGACGCGGUGUGGUGUUCUAUUUGUGCUUUUCUGAGGACUGAAUCCAAAACAGGUUUUUUUGUGUAUGUUUUUAUUGGAACUGACUGAUUCUAAGCUUUGGCCUGAGGCUUGUGUCCCCCAAGAGAGAAAAAACAAACAGACAAACAGUUAGAAAUGUUAAAAACUGUAAGACAUGAAGUCGAAAUUAUGACACUGACUUAAAACUUUGUCUUUUUGAGUGAAAGUUAUGAAACACUGUGUAAAAUCAAUGCGUCGCUGCUCUCCUCCCAGUCGAGACAGUUUCCACUUGGUAGCAGUGACGCACCAGAAAUGCAUUUGAACAGCUAAAUCCACAGCGUAGAACAAACCUCACCGAGUUAGUUCUGCUUCUAAGUCAUGGAGUAUUUUUUUUUUUUUUUUUGAUGUCUAAAAAGUGGACAUUUAUUUUGGGCUGUGUGUGAGUUUGUAGGAGCUGGUGUUUAUGUCACACCUCCUUCACCGAGUGUAAACUAAACCACUACUAAAGCAACAUUCAUGGACGCAGACAAACACAAGCUGCUCUUUCUCACCAGCUAAAGCUCUGGAUAGGCGACAACCGUGAUGAAAUGUGACUAACAGCUGGUGAUUAUUUCUCUGAAUGUAAUGAUAUCUAUGCUCUGGGUAAACACACCAACACAAUUCUGUUGCCUGACAAAAUGUUCUUUUUUUUUCCAGAAGAUAACGUACAGUUUGGUCCUCCAUUCUUCACUGAGGUGUUUAUUUCAGCUCAAUUCUCAUUUAUCAAGACCUGCUGCAGUUUUUGUUUUUGCAUUGCAGUGUAAUUAUAACAUAUGUGUCUGACAUUAUGGUUUUCCUGUUUUUCUACAUUGCAAACCAAAAUAUUCUAAAUAUAUCUAUCAAGUAUCGAAACCAGUUUUAGCCAGUAAAGGCAAAACAUCAGCAACAAUCCACGAUAAAAGGUCAAAUUUUU